GCUGGGUGGAAACAGGAAGUGAGAUGGCUGGGAGAAGAGAAAACAUAAGAGGGAAGAAACAGGGCAAAGGAGACCAAUUUGGAACUCCUGUUUACAUUUUGGUGCUCAACAAGGCCAGAACAUUAACAUCAGGACAGGGGCAAAUUGCCCCACAUGGACCCCUGAGAAAGCCACCAGCUCUCGUGGACUUGCUCAUUCAAGAUUCCCAGGACUUGGUCCAGUACUUCGCUGUGAAUCUCUGCAUCUGAUUCCAUCAGUUACUGGAGGAAGGCUCUCUGAUGACGAUUGUGGUAGUCACCAAUCUGAUUACAGGAGAUGGUCUUGGUUACCUUACUUGGGAUGAUUUUUUUUCCAGUUCUAUCUAUUUGCCUUCAAAUUUUCUGAUGUCAUAUUGUUAGCAGAUUAUAAAUGUGCAGGCUGGGCACACUUCAGCACUGUUGACAAGAAGGAAAGCCCUGCAAAGGGUGCCACACACAGCUGGAGGAGAACACACAGGGGUACAUUCCUGACAGAGAAGCGGCGAUGGACCUGACUUCAGUUCUCUCACUGGAAACCUGGGUCCUCCUGGCCAUCAGUCUGGUGCUCCUAUACAGACUUGGGACCCAUAAACAUGACAUUUUUAAGAAACAGGGAAUUCCUGGGCCCAAACCUCUGCCGUUUUUAGGAACUCUACUGAGUUACUACAAGGGUGUAUGGAAAUUUGAUAUUGAGUGCCGUAAAAAGUAUGGAAAAAUAUGGGGGUUGUUUGAUGGUCAAACACCGCUGUUUUCUGUCACAGACACAGAGAUGAUCAAGAAUGUACUAGUGAAGGAAUGCUAUUCUGUCUUCACAAACCGGCGGGAUUUUGGCCCAGUGGGGAUAAUGAGUAAAGCAGUCUCCAUAUCUAAGGAUGAGGAGUGGAAGAGAAUUCGAGCCUUGCUGUCUCCCACUUUCACCAGUGGAAAACUCAAAGAGAUGUUCCCCAUCAUUGAGCAGUAUGGAGAUAUUUUGGUGAAAUACUUGAGAAGAGAGGCAGAGAAAGGCAAGCCUGUCAUCACAAAAGAAGUGUUUGGGGCCUACAGCAUGGAUGUGAUCACAAGCACGGCAUUUGGUGUGAGCGUCGAUUCCCUCAACAACCCAAAGGACCCUUUUGUGGAAAAGGCCAGGAAGCUCUUAAGAUUUGAUUUCUUUGAUCCACUAUUCCUGUCAGUAGUACUCUUUCCAUUCAUCACCCCAAUAUAUGAGAGGUUAAAUGUCUCCCUGUUCCCAAAGGAUUCCAUAGAAUUUUUCAGAAAAUUUGUGUACAAAAUGAAGGAACAUCGCCUGGAUUAUAACCAGAAGCACCGAGUGGAUUUCCUUCAGCUGAUGAUGAAUGCUCACGACAAUUCUAAAGACAAAGAGUCUCACAAAGCUCUGUCUGACAUGGAGAUCAUAGCCCAGUCAAUUAUCUUUAUUUUUGCUGGCUACGAGACCACCAGCAGCACACUUGCCUUUGCCCUGUAUUUACUGGCUACUCACCCUGAUAUACAGAAGAAACUGCAGGAGGAGAUUGACGUCGCUCUGCCCAAUAAGACACGUCCCACCUAUGAUAAAGUGAUGGAGAUGGAGUACCUGGACAUGGUGAUGAAUGAAACCCUCAGAUUAUAUCCAAUCGGUAAUAGACUCGAGAGAGUCUGUAAACGAGAUGUUCAAAUGGAUGGUGUGUUUGUUCCCAAAGGGUCCAUAGUGAUGGUACCAGUUUUUGCUCUUCACUAUGACCCACAGUACUGGCCAGAGCCUGAGGAAUUCCGCCCUGAAAGGUUCAGCAAGGAGAACAAGGGCAGCAUUGAUCCUUAUGUAUUCAUGCCCUUUGGGAAUGGACCCAGGAAUUGCAUUGGAAUGAGAUUUGCUCUUAUGAACAUGAAACUUGCUCUCACUAAAGUCCUCCAGAAUUUCUCUUUCCAGCCUUGUAAGGAAACACAGAUGCCAAUGAAAUUAAGCCGAAAAGCAAUGCUUCAACCAGAAAAACCCAUUGUUCUAAAGGUUGUGCCACGGUCUGCAAUCAUUACUGGAGCAUGACUUUCCCGCAAGGAGUUCAGCUGUGUUCCUCAAGAAGAUGAUGUCUAAGAACAUUGCAAUUUUUAAUUAACUUCAUGAAUAAAACCCAGGCAAAUAUGGAGUUUAAUAGAGGGGCCUUAGUUCAUGGUUAUAGAUUGAGUACAUCCAUUGAGCUUUCUCAGUGUCAAUACAGAGUAUCAUCUAAUGUAAAGGAAAUGACCAAUUCGGUGACAGAAUGAGAAAUUCAUCUUCUCUGAUCAUCACUGGACCACCUCCAUCCACAUCUGGUUGGUUCCAUCAAUUUCUUUUGAGCUCUUUUGAGAGUAACCAUGCCUCUGCAAUUGAUCAAUAAUAAUUUUUAAUGCAAAUAUCAACCAUUGUGAUUAUGACAACUCUUAUUGUAAAAUUGGUAUCAGGAUGCUUUAGUUGCAAUAGUCUACAAUAAACAUUACA